AUGAACAGCUCUGAGGAUACUACCCCCUCGUGGGAAAAGGAAGAGAAGCAAUAUGAAUUCAGUGGACACCCUUUAAAGAUCACGACGUUCAAAGGAGCGUAUCUCGGCGUCUCUGGUUUUGUCUGGGAACCCGGACUCGUACUCUGUCGUUAUUUCGAAGAUGAAAAGAUUAAUUUUACAGGGAAGAAGAUGAUUGAGCUGGGGUCCGGAACUGGGAUCGUGGGCAUUUUAGCCGCACUGCUGGGCGGUGAUGUCACCCUGACGGACAGACCAUACGUUUUGAAACAAAUAGAAUACAACGUAUCUGCAAACAUCCCACCCAGCUCAAGGCACCGCUCCAAAAUCAGUGCUCUUGCAUGGGGCACUGAUCAGAACAACUAUCCAUCCGACUUCGAUUUCAUUCUGGGAUCGGACAUUGUGUACAACCCUGCCCAUUUUGUAGAUCUUUUGCAAACACUUCAGCACCUUUGCAACGAGCAAACUAUAGUUUACAUGUGUUCUAACAUGACAGCCAGAGAUGGAGCCACCAACUUCCACCAAGAAAUGCUGCCGGGGCAGUUUAAUUGCGAGUUAAUUCACAUAAGCGGGAACAAUAACAUUUACAAAUUGACCAAAAAAAAAGAACGCCCUGAGGCGGUAUGA